AUGAGGUUGAUCGACGGCGCCAUGGCGGGAAAAAGCGCGGAAGGUUCCGUCAAAUGGCAGCUGUGUUACGACAUCUCGGCCAGGACCUGGUGGAUGGACGAGUUCCACCCGUUCAUCGAGGCGCUGCUGCCGCAGGUGCGCGCCUUCGCCUACACGUGGUUCAACCUGCAGGCCCGGAAGAGGAAGUACUUCAAGAAGCACGAGAAGCGCAUGUCCAAGGAGGAGGAGCGGGCGGUGAAGGACGAGCUGCUGGGCGAGAAGCCCGAGGUCAAGCAGAAGUGGGCCUCGCGCCUGCUGGCCAAGCUGCGCAAGGACAUCCGGCCCGAGUUCCGCGAGGACUUUGUGCUGUCGGUGACGGGCAAGAAGGCGCCCUGCUGCGUCCUCUCCAACCCCGACCAGAAGGGCAAGAUGCGGCGCAUCGACUGCCUGCGGCAGGCCGACAAGGUAUGGCGCCUGGACCUGGUCAUGGUCAUCCUCUUCAAGGGCGUCCCGCUGGAGAGCACCGACGGCGAGCGCCUGGUCAAGUCGCCGCGCUGCGCCAACCCGGGGCUCUGCGUCCAGCCGCACCACAUCGGCGUCUCCGUUAAGGAGCUGGACCUCUACCUGGCCUACUUCGUCCGAGCCGAAGGCGGCCAAUCGGACAGCCCCGAGCAGUCCGGCGACGCGGACGUCAAAGAGCAGACCGAGAACGGUCAUUUGGGUUUCCAGGACAGUUUUGUCACGCCGGGAGUUUUUACCGUUUCCGAACUCGUACGAGUUUCCCAAACUCCCAUCGCCGCCGGCACGGGUCCAAACUUCUCGCUGGCCGACUUGGACAGCUCGUCCUACUACGGCAUGAGCCCCGGCGCCAUGAGGAGGCCCCUCCCCAGCACGUCGUCCUCCAGCUCCGCCAAGCGCAUCAAGUGCAUGGAGGACGACGGCGACAGCCCGGGCGAGGACUCGUACUACCCGCCGACGGCGGGUCGCUCGCCUGGCGGCGUCAGUCAAGCGGGCGGCUGGCACGACGAGCCGGCAGGAUAUAAGCUACGCGGCUCGCUAGCUAGCUCCUUCAUCUCCCGACAAGCGAGCCCUCACGCGCCCCCGUCCAGCCUGCACUUCUCCUCGUCGCCCAUCCUGCAGCAGCCGGCCUCCUACUUCUCCCACGCGGCCAUCAGGUACCACCCGCAGGACCCCCUGAAGGAUUUCGUGCAGCUUGUGUGCCCCGACUCCGCCCAGACGGCCGGACAGGUGGGCUUCCUCAACCCUAACGGUAGCUCCCAGGGAAAAGUCCACAAUCCCUUCCUGGCGGCGCCCAUGCUGCCGCCCCCUCCGCCUCCGCCCAUGGCGCGGCCCGUCCCGCUGCCCGUCGACGCCAAGCCGCCCGCCGCCUCCUCCGCCGAGGGGGGCGCCAACUCGCCGUCCUCGCCCACGUACUCGGCCCCGCCCACCAGCACGCCCGCUCAGCGAUUUGUCAGCGUGGGGCCGCGAGACCCCGCCUUCAACAUCCCGCAGCAGCCGCAGUGGUGGGAGCGUGGCCCCACGUCGUCAUGGCGACACACUGGCUCUGUCUGUGCAUUCACUGUGCUUGUGCCCCGACCACGGGGGGCAGAUGGCGGCUUCUUUGUGCGGGAGCGGGCACCGUGCCAGACAGAGACCGUGGUACCUGGGCUAAGGACUGUUGAAGCUCCUCCCCCGGACGCCCCGCCCUCCACUCCGCCCACCAGCGUCCUUCCGUCGCCCGGAGAGAUUCCUUUAUCCCUCCCUCCUUUCGGGGGCGGGGCCGAACGAGACCUCGUUUGCCGCGGCCCCGCCUCCUCCCGACGCGGGAGGAGCCCGACGGCGGAUCUCGCCGACCGCUCUCGAGCCCGCCCCCUGGCGGGCGUGGACGGCCGCUCGUCACUCAACCCUGGCCGUCGGCCGACGCCCCCUUCGCCGAGCCCCGCCCGCAGGUCGAAACUUGAAACGCGUGGCGUUCGAACGUGA